CGGUGCUGCGGCGGCCGGAGCGGUUUGGGAGGUGCACGGGGUGAAGAUGGCGGCGGAGCGGCAGGACGCGCUGAGGGAGUUUGUGGCGGUGACGGGCGCCGAGGAGGACCGGGCUCGCUUCUUCCUCGAGUCGGCCGGCUGGGACCUGCAGAUUGCCCUAGCAAGCUUUUAUGAAGACGGAGGGGAUGAAGAUAUUGUGACCAUUUCACAGGCAACCCCCAGUUCAGUAUCCAGAGGCACAGCCCCCAGUGAUAAUAGGGUGACAUCCUUUAGAGACCUCAUUCAUGACCAAGAUGAGGAAGAAGAGGAAGAGGAAGGCCAGAGGAGCAGGUUUUAUGCUGGAGGCUCAGAGAGAAGUGGACAACAGAUUGUCGGCCCUCCCAGAAAGAAAAGUCCCAACGAGCUGGUGGAUGAUCUCUUUAAAGGUGCCAAGGAGCAUGGCGCCGUAGCUGUGGAGCGUGUGACCAAGAGCCCUGGAGAGACCAGUAAACCGAGACCAUUUGCAGGGGGUGGCUACCGCCUUGGGGCUGCACCAGAGGAAGAGUCUGCUUAUGUGGCAGGAGAAAGGAGGAGGCACUCCGCCCAAGAUGUUCAUGUAGUGUUGAAGCUCUGGAAAAGUGGAUUUAGCCUGGACAAUGGUGAACUCAGAAGCUACCAAGACCCAUCCAAUGCCCAGUUUCUGGAGUCUAUCCGCAGAGGGGAGGUGCCAGCAGAGCUGCGAAGGUUAGCUCAUGGUGGGCAGGUGAAUUUGGACAUGGAAGACCAUCGGGACGAGGACUUCGUGAAGCCCAAGGGAGCCUUCAAAGCCUUCACUGGCGAGGGUCAGAAACUGGGCAGCACUACCCCACAGGUGUUGAGUGCCAGCUCUCCAGCCCAACAGGCAGAAAAUGAAGCCAAAGCCAGUUCCUCCAUCUCAAUCAACGAGUCAGAGCCUACCACAAACAUCCAAAUACGGCUUGCCGAUGGUGGGAGGCUGGUACAGAAAUUUAACCACAGUCACAGGAUCAGCGACAUCAGGCUCUUCAUUGUGGAUGCCCGGCCAGCCAUGGCUGCCACCAGCUUUGUCCUCAUGACUACCUUCCCAAACAAAGAGCUGGCUGAUGAGAGCCAAACCCUGAAGGAAGCCAACCUGCUCAAUGCCGUCAUCGUGCAGCGGUUAACAUAACUGCCCAGCUGUGUCUCCUCCCUCCUGUGUCUCCCACAGCCGUUGAUCACGCCCUUUGUGGAUUCACCCCUUCCACCCCCAUACACACUCAUCAGUCCAGUGCCACGUCUCCCUCCGUAGCUCUGGGUUCUUAGAUCUCGGUUGGACAUUUGUUUUCUUCUUAGUUGCAUUUUCUGGGUUUUUGUGAUGAUCAGUGGACUUUAAAGGAAAAAUAAAUAAAAAACAACCAAAAAAAUUGAAGAAUUAUCACCAGCAUGCUGUAUGGAAAUUCUCCCAUUGAAGUAGACUUCGAUUGCUUUAAGAUCAUAUUUAUUUGGGGGGCUUAUGGGAGGAGCCUUCCUUCCAUCCUCUCUGCAUAGAAAUUGCUUGUGGCACACAACACCCAUCCACUAGUGUAUCUCUCCCACUGCCCCCAAAGAGACAGCAUAAAGGAUUUCCCCCUUUAUAGGGAAGGGAGGGACUUGUGGAAAAGAGGCUUCAUUGUCACUCCUCCCCAAAAGCACAGAUCUCUUGUCCUGAUAAAAUGGCAGCAGCAAGAGUGCUGUGGAGUUAAUACCAGGACCUAGAUGCACAUGACCCCUUCAAGUGAAAACACCUCACUGUGCUCCUCUCCCUCAGACCCCUGAGAAAUUCAUGCUCCCCAGGCUUCGGCCAGUUGAGAUUCUACACUCUGUCUGCCCCAGCCUUUUCCUCCCUCAGUAUCCAGGCUGGCUGCUCUCACCCUGGUGAUUCUCAGCUGCUCUGUCAUUGCUUCUUACUCCACAGGCACAGAUCCCUGAGUGUAACAAAGAGGUAGAUGAGAUGUUUUUUCAUGGGGAAACAGCUCACAUCAACCCAGAUGAGUUCAGAAUCAGGUUCUCAGCCAGAAAGAGACGAAGAGAAUGAAAAUGCCAUGGAGUUAUUCACUAGUGAUGUGUGGCAAAUCAGAUGUUGAGAGGAGUAGGUUUCCUGUACUACGAGCACACAAGCACCUUUUUCUGUUAGUAUUUGCAAAAGAGGCUUCACAUUUUGAGGGUGAGUGUACCAUUAGUGCAUGGCUAUAGGGUGCAGGUUCUGCUUUAGCUUUGUUCUUUGUCCUGCUGAGUUCUGACUGGUGGCAACUUCAACAGUAUUCCCAGUCUGGAAAAUACCCUCCAUCCCCAUAAGUUUGCUUCCUAUGCAAGUUUAGGAGAGGAGGGUCAUUGAGGUCUUGGAUAGAAUGCCCUUCCCACUUGCUUAGAAUCUCACACCUACAGUUAACACUGACUCAGAAUCUCAGUUUUGAAGCUUAAUGUGCCUCAAGUCUCUUUGCAAGCAGCUAUCACCAAUUACUUUCUCUUUUCUGCUUUAACAUCCUGCCAGUGAGCCAAGAACCAACACUACACCAGCCAGAGCUGAGAAGGGCUUGUGGUUUCAACCAAGACCUAUCCUGAGAAAGGGACUUGGCUUGGUGCUUCUGAUCCCAAAAGCAGGGCCUGCCACAGCCAUAUCACUCACAGUGUUUCCUCCAGCUGGUGGAAGUAACUGGAAACUAAAUGCAGAUCUGGAAAAACUCAACUAUUCUCAGCUUGACCAUUAAAAACCAAAAUGAGAACAAUGGAGUUUUGUACUUUCUAAUGAGUGUCGUGCAAGGAAAUUAAUAACAGCCAUCAGAAGCACUUCGUUUCUUCACAAGUCCCAUUUUGCAGUGCAAAACCUGAAGUCCAGGUCGUGGCUGGUAAGUGUGAGGGGCUGCUUGUCUGCUCCCAAAGCCUGUGCUCUAAACUGUAUGUGCACUUUCCCCUCACCACCCUUCUCAGGGUUUCUGCUUACAUUGAUUAGUACACACCAGAAGAGACCAUUAAAAAUAUCCACUUAAAUCUCAUCUAGAAGGGUUUACAAAAGGAUCGUCAUUGGAUUUCCAGCUCUCUGUGGGAAGUGUGCUGUGGCUGUAAUUGUUGCCCUGUUGGUGCAGUCACCACAGACCAGCCACAUAUCUGGCCCAAGGUCAGAGGGAUUGCCAGCCACUGAGACAGGGAGCAGACCAUUCUGAUUCCAGGUUGAGUAAGGACGUUUGCAACUCCAGGUGUCUGUUCCGGGUGGUCCAGAUGGAAAGGCCCAUCCACCCACAUAGGCUUUCACAGGUUUUAAAAAAAAAAAAAAAAAAAAAAA